GUGACAUCUUGUCACAUGUACUUGGGAAAGAGAGAAAUGGGUAUGUUAGGUGCGUAGGACUAGGACCAACUGCGGGCUCUCUUGGUAUACCAGGAGCUCAAAAGCUUAAAUCUACAAAGCUCCAAAUGGCGGAGCUAGAGGCUGAGAAAGCUUGGCGAACUAAUGAAGCUCUAAUGGAUCACAUGGAUGAUUUUAAAGAAGAUACCAAAGCUCAGAUGGAUGCCUUGAUGGCUGAAAUGGCUGAAAUGAGAAGCAUGUUAUCACAAUCUAUUGCUGGAAACAAGAACUUUAUGCAUACUUCUGCAAUUCAACCUGAAGAAAGUGUGGGAGAAUAUUCUACCUCUGACCAAUCUGUUCAUGAUGUUGAUAGCAUUGGUGAGGAAGAAGUUGUGAUGCAAGAGUUGAGGGAAGCACAACAACAAUAUGAAAAGAAGAGAGCAGAAGCAGCACAACUGAUUAGGAAGAAGAAGGAAGGAGCCCAACGACUAAACAAUGAAGCAGAACUACAGAAGAGAAAGGAGGUUGAACUACUGCACAAGAAGAAAGAAGAGGCCCUAAUGCAAAAGAAUAAUGAACAAGACAUGCAAAAGAAGAGGGAAAUUGAGUCGAAGAAGAAACAAGAAGACCUGAUGCAAAAGAAGAAGGAACAAGACAUGCAAAAGAAGAGGGAAGCUGACCUGAAGAAGAAGAAGGAAGCAACAGUUACACAAAAGAAUCAUCAGAAAGGAAAUGAAGUGAUUUUGUUCAAUGUUUAUCGUGAUCAUACUACACCAGUGGCAAAAGCUACCAUUCUAGCAACUGACAGGAAGAAGAUCGUAGGGGGUCGUGAGCUUGGCACUGAAUGUUGUGAAGUUGUUGUCAACUACAUCAUCAAAAGAGAUGCCAUAUUGCCUCGUCCCAUUGGCGAUGUGACGACCAUGGGACAAGCUCAAGGAAGAACUAUUGCAUGGCUCUAUAAACAUCUGGAGGUUGACAAGUCCAAGAUGAAGCAAGCCUCGCCGCCACAAGAAAAUGAACUCCCAAGAGGUUAAUUAACAGCAGAAGAGGUUGAUCAUCAUCAGGGCAAGAAAUAACUAGGAUUUCCAUGGACUAGAUGCAUGCCCAACCACUGUCUUGGACUUAUUUAUGCACUAUUCGUUGUCUUACGAACAAACAUAUGUACUGUCAUUGUCUUAGAAACAAACCUAUCCACUGUUGUUGUUCACUUUGUUGUCGAUGGGCGAACUAUUUAUGGUUUUGUGCACCUGAUGAAGUAUGACCUAUGGAUUGA